UUGGCAAAUGGAGUGAAGUUCAUAGUUAAAACUAUGAGAACCACAACCAAAAAAUGAGAUAGGAUAAGCGUCUUUUUUUGAAUUUUUAGUUUCCACACAAAAAAAAAUAUUCCAACGAUUAGGUCAAUUUAUAGCCUCCACCUCCUCAUGUAUGACACUUUUUUUUCUUAUUAUCUCCUUAUUUUUCUUUUAAGGGAUUUAUCUCUUUGUUUUCCCCCUCAAAAAGAUUCAAUUCUGUUCACUUAUUUAUAUACAUUUCAUGCGGUUUUUUAUAUCCUUUGCACUACAUCAUAUCACCCUUAUUCUCCCACCUCCCAUUCUCUGAAGAAAACACAAAAAAUGGAACAAACCAAUCAACGCAUUGCAAAGAUCUCAGCUCAUCUUUACCCUUCAAAUUCCCAGAUGGAAGAGAGUUUUGGGGUGAGAAGAGCAAACUGCAGAGCCAAAGGUGGGGCUCCAGGCUUCAAAGUUGCCAUUCUGGGUGCUGCUGGAGGGAUUGGCCAGCCUCUAGCAAUGCUUAUGAAAAUAAACCCAUUGGUUUCAGUUCUUCAUCUCUACGAUGUUGUUAAUUCUCCUGGUGUCACUGCUGAUAUCAGUCACAUGGAUACUGGUGCUGUGGUGAGAGGUUUUCUGGGGCAGGCACAGCUUGAGAAUGCUCUGACAGGAAUGGACCUUGUGAUCAUACCUGCUGGUGUGCCAAGGAAGCCUGGGAUGACAAGGGAUGAUCUUUUCAACAUCAAUGCUGGGAUUGUUAGAACUCUUUGUGAAGGAAUUGCAAAGAGCUGCCCCGGAGCUGUUGUCAACUUGAUCAGUAAUCCAGUCAAUUCCACCGUGCCAAUUGCGGCCGAGGUUUUGAAGAAAGCCGGAACUUAUGAUCCAAAGAGACUCUUGGGAGUGACGAUGCUCGAUGUCGUCAGAGCAAAUACUUUUGUUGCAGAAGUUCUGGGACUUGAUCCAAGGGAUGUUGAUGUGCCAGUUGUUGGUGGUCAUGCAGGAGUGACAAUCUUGCCUCUUCUGUCACAGGUCAAGCCUCCCUCCGCCUUUACCCCCGACGAAGUAGAAUACCUGACAAACCGCAUUCAGAACGGUGGAACAGAAGUUGUUGAGGCAAAAGCUGGGGCUGGCUCUGCAACACUGUCAAUGGCAUACGCAGCUGUUAAAUUUGCAGAUGCAUGUCUUCGAGGAUUGAGAGGAGAUGCCGGUGUUGUGGAAUGCGCUUUUGUGGCUUCCGAGGUGACGGAGCUUCCUUUCUUUGCAUCCAAGGUUCGGCUCGGCCGUAAUGGAGCUGAGGAAGUCUUUCAACUUGGGCCUCUAAAUGAAUACGAGAGGGUUGGACUGGAGAAAGCGAAAAAGGAGUUAGCAGCAAGUAUUCAAAAGGGAAUAUCAUUCGUCAGGAAAUAAAGGAAUAUGCAGAGAGAACGCUUGUUCUGUAAUUUUAUCUGAUAGUGAGUAGUUUCCUGUUGUAUUUAAGACCACAUGGAAGAAAAUGAACCUUUCAUAUGAUCAAAUGGCUUAUUUCAGCACCAGAUAAUCUACAUCAUCAAUGCAUCAUUGGGAUAA